AUGGCAAUCGUGCACAUUGUCCUUUUCAAACUCAACUCUGCGCUGAGCGAUGCAGAGAAAAAAGAGUUUUGCGAUGAUAUGCUCUCCCUGAAAGACACUUGUAUCCAUCCAACAUCCAAGAAUCCAUAUAUUGUUUCUUCAUCUGGCGGAGUAGAUAACAGCCCGGAAGGAGCUCAGGGAGGAUUCACCCAUGGUUUCGUUGUCGAGUUCGCAUCAAAGGAGGACCGCGACUAUUAUGUUGCCAACGAUCCGGUCCACCAAGCAUUCGUCAAGAAGAACGGGCCCAGGUUUGACGAUGUCCGAGUAAUUGAUUAUGAGAAGGGGGUAUACUAG